AUGACAGUAACCAUCCUGACUGUUAAAGCAAAAGGUCAAGGAGCCACUGUCUAUUCUUGUGCCAAUAUCAAUGGUGCACUGAAGUUUUUCCGUUCCACACUGAACAAUCAAAGACUGGCUCAGGAUAACACAUUCAUCCCUGGAAGUUUCCGUGGUUCAGUGAAUAGAGGAAAGAUUCAGUGCAUUUUCAAUGCUGCAGGUCUCAGCAGCAUCACUCGUGCGGCAACCACAGACACUUAUGUCUUCUUUGUAACAGGCAGUGUCUCAAAUGGUUCUCUGGAUUCUCCAGUCACUAGACUGUCUACAAAUGGUUCAGUGGACUUAAGCAACCCUAACAGCACAGAUGUUUCAGUAAUAACACCCACUACAGAUUCCACCACUACAGCCCCAAACACCACCACACCUUAUUCAUCUGUAGCAUUAAACACCACUACAGCCCCGAACACCACAGCACCUAAUUCGUCUGUAGCAUUAAACACCACUACAGCCCCGAACACCACAGUACCUAAUUCGUCUGUAGCAUUAAACACCACUACAGCCCCGAACACCACCGUACAUAAUUCCUCUGUAGCAUUAAACACAACCUCAGCCCCGAACACCACAUCAAAUACCACUGUAGCAUUAAACAUCACUACCGCUCCGAACACCACCCCAGCUAAUUCCUCUGUAGCAUUAAACACCACUACAGCCCCGAACAUCACCGUACCUAAUUCCUCUGUAGCAUUAAACACAACCUCAGCCCUGAAUACCACAUCAUCUAAUUCCACUGUAGCAUUAAACACCACUACAGCCCCGAACACCACCGCACCUAAUUCCUCUGUAGCAUUAAACACCACUACAGCCCCGAACACCACCACAUAUAAUUCCUCUGUUGCAUUAAACACCACUACAGCCCCGAACAUCACCGUACCUAAUUCCUCUGUAGCAUUAAACACAACCUCAGCCCUGAAUACCACAUCAUCUAAUUCCACUGUAGCAUUAAACACCACUACAGCCCCGAACACCACCGCACCUAAUUCCUCUGUAGCAUUAAACACCACUACAGCCCCGAACACCACCACAUAUAAUUCCUCUGUUGCAUUAAACACCACUACAGCCCCGAACAUCACCGUACCUAAUUCCUCUGUAGCAUUAAACACGACCUCAGCCCUGAAUACCACAUCAUCUAAUUCCACUGUAGCAUUAAACACCACUACAGCCCCGAACACCACCGCACCUAAUUCCUCUGAAACAUUAAACACCACUUCAGCCCCGAAUACCACAUCAUCUAAUUCCACUGUAGCAUUGAACACCACUACAGCCCCAAACACCACCACAUCUAAUUCCUCUCUAGCAUUAAACACCACUAAACCCCCGAACACCACAUCAUCUAACUCCACUGUAGCAUUAAACACCACUACAGUCCCGAAAACCACCACAUCUAAUUCCUCUGUAGCAUUAAACACCACUUCAGCCCCGAAUACCACAUCAUUUAAUUCCACUGUAGCAUUAAACACCACUACAGUACCGAACACCACCACAUCUAAUUCCUCUGUAGCAUUAAACACCACUAAAGCCCCAAAUACCACAUCAUCUAAUUCCACUGUAGCAUUAAACACCACUUCAGCCCCAAACACCACCACAUCUAAUUCCUUUGUAGCAAUAAACACCACUAAUGCCCCGAAUACCACAUCAUCUAAUUCCACUGUAGCAUUAAACACCACUACAGCCCCAAACACCACCACAUCUAAUUCUUCUGUAGCAUUAAAUACCACUACAGCCCCGAACACCACCACAUCUAAUUCUUCUGUAGCAUUAAACAUCACUAAAGCCCCGAACACCACCGCAUACAAUUCCUCUGUAGCAUUUAACACCACUAAAGCCCCGAACACCACCGCAUCUAAUUCCACUGUAGCAUUAAACACCACUACAUCUCCGAACACCACCGCACCUAAUCUCUCUGUAGCAUUUAACACCACUAAAGCCCCAAAUACCACCGCAUCUAAUUCCACUGUAGCAUUAAACACCACUACAGCCCCGAACACCACCGUACCUAAUUCCUCUGUAGCAUUUAACACCACUAAAGCCCCAAAUACCACCACAUCUAAUUCCACUGUAGCAUUAAACACCACUACAGCCCCGAACACCACCACAUCUAAUUCCACUGUAGCAUUAAACACCACUAAACCCCCAAAUACCACAACAUCGAAUUCCUCUGUAGCAUUAAACACCACUACAGCCCCAAACACCACCACAUCUAAUUCUUCUGUAGCAUUAAACACCACUAAAGCCCCGAACACCACCGCACCUAAUUCCACUGCAACAUCAAAUUCCACUGCAUCCUCAAAUCCCACUGCAUCUACUGCCUCUGGAGUAUCUACAGCUAAUAGUGGUACAACAAAUGAGAAAGUCACCAAGGACAACUGUAAGAAGGACAGGGCAUGUUUCUCUACUCCAGCCAACUGUGAUCCAUCGAGCUCAAGUGGCUGCAUUUUCGCCUCCACAAGAGUGGUGAAUGGAAACUCAGAUAACCUCACUUUUGAGCUCAGUGGGGAAUCAAACGGUUACAUCGCAGUUGGCCUGUCUCCAGACAAGAAGGAGGGUGAUGAUGACACCGUCUACUCUUGUGCCAAUGACAAUGGUGUGGCGAAGUUCAUUCGUGCCAGACUGAACAACUCCAUUCUGACUCCAGAUAAGACUUUUAACCCUGGAUCCUUCCGUGGCUCUGUGAACGGCACCAGGAUUCAGUGCAUUUUUGUAGCUGCAGGUCUCAGCACUAACACCCGUGCGGCAAACACAAAUACUUUCCUCUUUUUCUUUACUGGCAACUUUACAAAUGGCACUCUGGGGUCUCCAGUCACACGAAUGUCUACAAAUUCAUCGGUUGAUCUAACCAACACUAACAGCUCAGACGUUGCCAUAAUAACACCUAAUACAAACACAGAUAAUACUGCCACUACUACCGUUUCUACUACUGUGACAACUACUACUAAAGCAAAACCUGCUACUACAGCUGGGAGCAAUGCACUGCAUCAUGCUGCAUCUCAGGCUGCUCUGGUAAUUCUCUCAGGGAUCCUUGCAGUGCUCCUGUUGUAAGGAUGCUGCCGAGCACAUUUGCUUUCUGAAACUGGUCGAUGAGCACUGAACGCUUGAUGAACCCAACACCAAAGUAUAUGUUAUUCUGCAUAUUUAUAACUGUGCAAUAGUGCAACUCUGGGUACAAUGAAGAAAGGAGCAAAAAAUACGGGGAGAGGGGCAUUACAUCAUUUAUUUAAUCUGAGUGUUUGUGUGAGAGAGAUUGUGUUUAUGAAUGUUUUUUGCGAGUGUUAGUGUUUGUAUUCUGAUAA